AUGUUUGAAAAAAACAGAAAAAUAGAUCUCAUAUAAAACUCAAGCAAUAUACAAUACAUCAAAAUGCGUAAUCAAAGUGAUUAAGAUAGAUAUUCUACAAUUAGCUAAAGUACCAAUGAAAAUACUUUAGAACUUCCAAUAUAAGGAUAAGAUGAUGAUUCAUAUACCACAGAAAAAGCAAAUUAAAAAGAACUAGAUUAAGAUAUAUUAAAACAUGACAAAAAAGACAAAGAACCACCUAAGAGAGUCAACAUAUUUGCUUAAAAACAUCGCAAAAAUCUAAUGAGAUUUCUUUAGUAUUCAUGGGAGAACAAAAAAUUUUUAAUAUUUGGAAAUAUAGGGUUGGUUGUUACAUCUGCCUGCUAAAUAUCUCUACCUUAUUUAACAGGUAGAAUGGUUGAUGUCAUAAGCACUGAUAAAUCUUCUGAAGAUCUAACAUGGUUGGCUUUAGCUUUUGUUACUCUAGGAGUGUUUUCAGCUAUAUUUUCUUUUGUUAGAGGAUAUUCGUUUAAUAUACUAGGAGAAAAAGUUAUGUUAAAGUUGAGAAGUGAACUUUUUGAUAAAUUUGUUUAAAAAGAUGUUGAAUUCUAUGAUGUAAACAAAAGUGGUGAAUUGAUGAGUAGAAUAACAAGUGACACAGCUAUUGUUUAAAGUGCUGCAAGUGACAGCUUAUCAAUUCUACUUAGAAAUAUUAUUUAGUUUAUAGGUAGUUUUAUUAUACUUUGGAUAAUUUCUUAUGAGUUGACUAUGAUACUCUUUAUAAUAGUGCCUCCACUUAUAAUAGGAAUAGCUGUAUUUAUCAGGUUAUUCAAAAAAUACUCAAAAUUAUAUCAAGAUAAACUUGCUUUGGGUAAUUCUUUUGCUAACGAAGCAUUUGGUAACAUCAGAGUAGUAAAGAGUUUUGCAAGAGAACAGAAAGAGUCUUAAAAUUUCUACAAAUACAUGUAAGAUGCUUAUGUCUAUGGAGAAAAAAAAUCACUUCUACAUGGAUCCUUCUUAGGAAUAGUUACUCUUUUAGGAGAAGGAGCAAUUUUAUGUGUAUUAUGGUAUGGAGGUAAGUUAGUCUUAGAAGGAAAAUUAACAACUGGAUAACUAUCCUCUUUUAUCCUUUACACUAUUACUCUCUCUACAGGUCUCUUAGCAGUUGGUGGAAUUUCUAAUUAGAUAAUUACUGCAGUUGGAGUUUCUGAGAAGUUAUUUGAAAUGAUGGAUGUUGAAAUAUCAAUUAAAUCAGGAGUAAAAACAAAAAAUAGCUUGGAAGGUAAUAUCUCUUUUGAGAACGUAACCUUCGAGUAUCCAACUAAAAAGAAUGUUGAUGUUUUGAAAAAUGUAAACUUUGAAGUAAAAUAAGGACAAGUAGUUGCUUUAGUAGGAAGUUCUGGGAGCGGUAAAUCUAGUACUGUUAGCUUGAUUUAAAGAUUUUACGAUGUUAAAUAAGGAUUAAUUAAAUUGGAUAAUAUUGACAUUAAAUAAUACAAUAUAAAUUGGGUUAGAGAAUAAAUAGGCUAUGUUUCUCAAGAGCCUACUUUAUUUUCUGGUACACUAAAAGAAAAUAUAGUUUAUGGAGUUAAUUCUUAUACAUAGCAAGAUAUUGAUAAAGCCCUUGAAAUGGCCAAUGCAAAAUAAUUUGUUUAUGAUACUACCAUUUUCCCUGAUGGUCUUAACACACUAGUAGGAGAAAGAGGUGUCAAGCUAUCGGGAGGAUAAAAAUAAAGAAUAGCUAUAGCAAGAGCUUUAAUUAAAAAUCCUAGAAUUUUAAUAUUUGAUGAAGCAACUAGCGCUUUAGAUGCUGAAAGCGAAUACCAAGUAUAAAAAGCUAUAGACAAUCUCAUGGUUCAUGGCUAAAAGACUAUAAUUGUAAUAGCACAUAGAUUAAGUACUAUUAAAACUGCAGAUACAAUAAUAGUUAUAUAAGAUGGAGAAGUAAAAGAAAUAGGAAACCACAAAUAGCUGCUAUCAAUAAAAGAUGGAUUUUAUACUAAACUAAUUCAAAGAUAAAUUUCAGGUGCUGAUGAAUUAGACUUGCAGUGA